AUGGCUUGCUCCCGCUGGUCUUUGAUCAUAACGGCGGUUGCUGCGGUUGGGUGUUCGCUCUUCCUGAGCGAUGCCAGCAGGGCCGUCGGGGGACCACCCGGGGACUGGGACUCGAUUCCGCCGCAGGUCCAGAUCAUCGACCAGCGGACGUUCAACGUCCUUCACACAGUCCCUCCCCCCACUGAAGCCGAUGGCAAUGCGCAAUUCAUCCCUCCAGGGACGACCAAGGAGUCACUGGCCGCCCGGCCCUUCCAUAUCUACGACAAAGAGUUCCUGGAUAUCAUCGGCCCCCAUCCGACGUUAACGCUGCUGGCCCACACCGAUUCGGAUCCGCUGUUCCACGAAGCACCGGUGUGGUACCCAGGCAAAGACGAAAUGUUCUUCGUCCAGAAUGCAGGAGCAAAAGCAGCAGGAACCGGUCUCGCCAAGUCGGCCAUCAUCCAGAAAAUAUCUCUGUCCGCGGUCACGCCCGCCGUUGCCAGCCAAAGGGAUGCCAGAGGUUCGGUAAAAGUUGAGGUCGUCGACUCCAAUCCGAUGGUUGUGAAUCCGAAUGGGGCAAUUAACUACAAGGGCCAACUCCUGUUUCUCGGAGAGGGACAAGGCGACAAGACUGCUCCGGCGAUGUACCUCAUGAACCCGGAGGCUCCGUACAACACCACGGUGAUAUUGGAUAACUUCUUCGGCCGGCAGUUCAACUCGCUCAACGACGCCUCCAUCAACCCCCGCAACGGCGAGAUCUACUUUACAGAUCCGACCUACGGGUACGUGCAGGACUUCCGGCCGCCGCCAGGCCUGCCGAACCAGGUGUGGAGGUUCAACGAAGCCACGGGCGCCGUGGCGAUUGCCGCAGAUGGGUUCAACAUGCCGAACGGCAUCACGUUCUCGCCCGACGGAUCGCAUGUUUACGUCGCCGACACGGGUAUGAUCCAGGGUUUCUUCGGAAACAACUUUACUUUUCCGUCGACCAUCUACCGCUUUGAUGUCAACGAGGACGGCACGCUGGACAACCGGCGCACCUUCGCCUACGUCACGCCGGGCGUGCCGGACGGCCUCCACGUCGACACCAAGGGCAACGUUUACGCCGGGUGCGGCGACGGCGUGCAGGUGUACAACCCGUCGGGCAAGCUGCUCGGCAAGAUCUACGUCGGCAGCACGUCGGCCAACUUCCAGUUCGCGGGCAAGGGGCGCAUGGUCGUGCUGGCCGAGACGGAGCUGUACUAUGCCACGCUGGCGGCCGAGGGCGCGUUUCCGGGGAAGCUGUACUGA